AAUAAAUCUAUGUGUAUACCUGAAACAUCCUGCACUCUGAGUUCCUUCGAAGUGGCCGCGUACGUGCGGGCCAACGAGGGUAAUUUUGAACUUCUAACAGCCUGUCGUACUGACUGGAACACAAGAGACAUUGCAAGCUCUUCAAUGACGAGUGCGGUGGAUGUAAGGAUGAUCGAGACCUGCCGAGACGAGUACCAGUUUCGCGCUGGGCAAAAGUUGUUCAACGCUGUUUGGCAAUCGCGGCGGAGCGCCCCGCCCAAGCCGGUAUAUAGACUGGCAAAUCACCGUGUCCUCACUGGUCAUUCCCGCCAGACAAUACAACUUACAUAUUAUUUCAUUGCAGGUCUACGCGCCGUCAGUCUUUGAGGUCAAGCAGCCGUUCAUUCAGGCAUGCUUCCGUCGCUCUGGGCGAGGUGUUCAGCACUGAGGCCGCAGAAACAGCUGUUUCUCCGGAGUGUUCACAAACCUUCCGUCCAAGCGCGUCCGCUUCUCCAAAGCCAGAGGUUAUCGGCAUUCGCGGCUGGCAAGUUCGCGCGUAAUGGACAAAGCAGUAUUCUGUCUACAAUACGCAGCCAGUGCAGGUCAUUAUCGGGAGCAGUAACCUCGACUCGUCUCUCAUUCGACCCUCGCUUCUUCUCCUCAAAUGCCUCAGGAGUUCUGAGUGCAGAGACAUUAGCAGCCAAUGAAGCAUCAGACUCUGCGAAUGCGGAUGCUCUUCCAAAACUAACACCUCCCUCUGUAGCCAUCUGGCUCUUGGCUUCUUCCGCCCUCGUCUUUGCCGUGAUCGUGGUUGGCGGUGUCACCCGUCUCACAGAGUCCGGCCUUAGUAUCACAGAAUGGCGUCCAAUCGCAGGCAUAUUACCACCAUUGACACAGAGUCAUUGGGAGGAGGAAUUUGAGAAAUACAAGGCCACCCCGGAAUUCAAGAUGAUAAACCAUUCCAUCUCACUGUCCGAAUUUAAGUCAAUAUUUUACAUGGAAUGGGGACAUCGAGUCUUAGGUCGCCUCAUCGGUCUUGGCUUUGUUGUGCCUCUGGUCUACUUCGCCUCUCGACGCAUGUUGCCUCGAUCCCUAGCAAGGAACCUAUCGCUCUACGCUCUUCUCAUUGGUUUCCAGGGAGCACUCGGAUGGUACAUGGUCAAAUCCGGAUUAGAGGAUUCACUUUUGGAGACUCCAGGAGCAGUCCCUCGCGUUUCACAGUACAGGCUUGCAGCACAUUUGGGAACAGCAUUCGUUCUAUAUGCUGGGAUGUUCUCAACAGGCAUCAGUAUCCUCACUGACUGGAGGUGGGCUAAGAAAGGUGUUUGGAGCGGGUUGAAGGAUACCGGUUCUGGCGCCGUAUGGAAGAGUGUCCUGGAGAACCCGGCAGUGAGGCGGUUUGCGAGAUACUCGAAAGUGCUCACUGGACUUGUGUUCCUUACAGCGCUCUCAGGCGCUUUCGUUGCUGGACUCGAUGCGGGACUCCUGUACAAUGAAUUCCCACUUAUGGGUGGUCGCCUGGCACCACCUUCAGACGAACUCUUCUCUCCGCUCUACGCGAAGAAACCAGACGGGUCCGAUAUUUGGUGGAGAAACAUCUUUGAGAAUCCCACUACUGUGCAAUUCGAUCAUAGAUGUCUGGCAAUCACAACGUACUUUUCGACAGCUGCUCUUUACGCAGCGACCCUGAGACCUACUCUUCGUGCCGCACUUCCACCGCUAGCACGUAGAAUGGCGCUCUCAGCGUUCGCUAUGGCGAACCUGCAAGUAUUGCUGGGUAUAUCGACGCUCAUUUACCUGGUACCAAUUUCCUUAGCCGCAAUGCAUCAAGCGGGCAGUGUGAUGCUACUCACGACAAUGAUGCACCUUCUAGUCUCGCUGAGGAGACCGGGAGCUGCUGCUAAAAUCUGGAGACAAACUCAGAUGAAUGCUCGCAAAGCACGAAGCAGUUGAUACCAAUCCCUGCAUUAUGGUAUCUAGGGUACCCCCAUACAUUGUAGCACAUUUCUAUCCCGCCAUUCUGUAUUUUCGUAUAGUAUGCAUUGCGCAAUUACACGCACACCACUCGCUCAACAUCUCCUGCAUCAUGAAAAUGUAACCAUUACAAGCGUAAAAGAAAUACAAAGAUAAAGCCCAAACUUCUACUCUGCCAUGCUCACAUCUUGGUCACCUGCCUGGGCAGGAGCAGCACCAUCAGGAGGAGCCUCAGCUGCUGGCGCUUCAGCCGCCUGCGCCUCUGCGGUCUCCUUCGGCACCAUGCUCUUCAGGAAGACUUCGACAGGCUCGCCUUCAAGAAUACGGAACGAGCCUCCAGCCGGUACAUCUUUCUCGUGUACGCUAGCGGGACCAGCUAUGCCAAUAGAAGUGUUGUUAAUGGUC